AUGUAUGCACCUGCGCAAUCGCGACAUGCGCGUACAAUCAGUCCACCACUCUCAGCGAAUGCAUCGUCUUACACAUUCACGACAACUGCCCAGCAGCAACCAAAGUUAAACGUUGUGACACGUCUUUCCAUCGAGGGUAAAGCGAAGCAGGGUCAAGAUGGCAUUGCCAUUAAGAUGUAUCUCAAGCUCUCAAUACCUAUGGAUGCUGUUUCUCCUGGCUCUACAUUACCAUUAUUUCCUGAGGGAAACCUGAAGAUGUUGAGCUCGGAAGUUCAUCCAACCGACAGCAACUCUGUUCCUUACAAUUUUUCCUCUACAACCUCACCACUACUGAACAACACUGCACGCGCUCUCAAUCUACCGGCCCGCUCUCAAAAAUCUUAUCUCUCUGUUUUUGGUCUACCAACGUCUAGCAUGAGUCCGGCCUCUCGUGCAUCCUCUUCUACAUCGACAUCUCACACUACAAUCCCGCCUCUGGACGACAAGUACACUGGUCACAUCCUUGUCAGCGGGUACAACAUUUCAUACGUCCUGCCCAAAGAAUUUCCACCAAGAUUUGGUGAAGACAGUGCGAUCAGGGUUUCUACAUUCUCUGCCGCAAAAAUGCGACGAAGCUCCAUAGGAGAGCGUAACAACAUGCAUUUCAUGGCUGGUUUAGAUCUCUGGGUCCCAUAUGUCUGUCGUCCCCCGAAGGCUCCUUUCCUUAUAUCCAUCCCCCUUCCGCGUUGCUUGUCUAAUAAUGUCAAGCUUCGCAUUUUCCCUCCAAGCUCUACGACGACAUCCUCCUCAUUUGCCUCUCUUUCUUCUGCAGAAGAGGAUCCUGGCGCAUGGGAGCUUACGUCUGAGCCUCACGUCACACGAACCACGACUCGACCUUCACGAUCAGGGUCUUACGCAGACAUGGCGGAUGAUGAGUCGUCUGACUCUUCCACUUACACGGACAGAGCCUCUGGCGGUAUUGCUAUCCUUGGAACGUUCCCAUCUGCAGAUCGUUUUCGUGUUCGUUGGGCAGCGCCUAUGAAGACUAUGGACAGCAAAGAUGGCCGGAGGCGCGUAGGAGUGAAAGAGGUGAAGGGUGAAAUGACAUGUCAUGUUCUUGGAAAGGACAGUGAUCCCGCGAGCGGAAGGGAGGGCAUCUUAAUGAAGCUGGAAUACAAGGGAACGGCAAAGGGUGUUUGGUUUCCCGGCGUGGCCACAAUGCUUGGUAUGGAUGUAGGGCUGGAGGCGCGAGGAUCCGACGUCAUUUGGGCACCUGCAGAAGAGCCGACCUGGACUGUCACAGGAGGUGCAGGUUAUACGGGUUUUGACGUCAACCCCCCGUCAACACCGGUCUCGAGGCAAGCCUCGUUAGAAAUUUCUGAAUCAUCACCUUUGGAAUCCUAUCCAAAUUCUCGGCUCCAAGCACCUAUGCUAGCAACACGAAACGGCUCUAAUUCCUCAGCCGGCUCGACCUCGUCCUUAUUGCGUGCGCCGCUACCAGGAGAACAAGUCCCAGACUACUCUUUCGAAGGUUCCCCGACUUCUCUAACACCCUCGGGCACUCUGUCAUCCAUCAGCUCGAUGCCCCUGACGUUAGAAGGACGUAGCCGCGCGAACUCCGAUGUACAAAGCGUUCCUCAUCCCCCAACAUCAUUGACCAUUCACAUCAACAUGAAUGAUAUACUCCCUCCAUCAAAGAACGUCUUCACAUUUAACAUCACUGGCACAAUCCUCGUCAUAUCCCGUCCGCGUGCUUUCAAUGGGGGUUCGAAUUCAAGCACAGACGGAGAACCAGAUCCCAUCCCCAUAGUCUUGCCCCGAUUCUCUGUGCUCGCUGCAGAUACAGAAACAAUCGCGACAAUCAUCCGUAAUGAAUGUGAAGCUGCAACAGUGGAGGUAUACAAUAUAUCAGGCGACAUCCGUGAUGCACAGACACGCAGGACUGUUCUGCAGCGUGGAGGAUUGUCACGUUGUGGAUCUGAUGGAGGACGUAUUGCUCUACGCUCUAUAGCGAGAUCGCUUAUCCCAACAAGACAUUCCGCAGCAGAUGAUACCCUUGAAAAUUUAAGACGCCCUCCCAGUCGGCCACGCACGCCGACUGGGAUGAACCGUGUAGCAACUGGUGUGUCUCUCCCUCCGAUGUUUGGCACCCUCUCGAGAAGAAAAAGGGAUGGUCCCCUCAUGAUCCCCUCCGUCACGGUCGUUGUGACACCCUUGCGUUUUGAUCAGGCGACAUCUACAAACGUAUAUGGUGUUCGGGUAAACCAUCCAGCUCCAUAUGAAAUGGAGACAGAUUGGAUGGAAUUUGGACUCGCAGGUGACGCAUCGCGUAUUGACUGUUCUGUGGAAAUCGCAAGCGUGAGCAUCGACGGCAUGCCUGUCCGCUUUGAAAUAAGCUCAGCCACCAAGCACGCGGAGGGGUCAAUUGUCGACUUGUCAUCCUCUCUGGAUAAGUUAGGGAGCAAGAAUUGGGUUGCCUGGGCCAGGGUGUACGUGGGUGAUCUCCUUGGAGACGUUCAGAUUGACUAUUUAGUCAAGACCCCCACCGAUGGCUUUAGCAGAGGAAAAGGCAAAGGCAAAGAUGACGGGUACGUGGGCAUACUGCUGCCCACAUUUACAAUACCUGUUGGCAAACUCGAAGUGAACGUGGAAGCCUCAACAGGCCUAGACGCACAUCUUCUACGCUCCAAUCUUGCUUACCAACAUGCAUCUCAACAGGGCAACAGAUUGGUCCAUUACAUAUUGGAAGAAAUGUUCACCCCCACACUUUCCUUGAGGACCCAACCACACGUUCACCGUUUUCACAUCAGCGUCCGGUUUCUGGGGAAAUUACUUCAAUUUUUGCUAUGGACAGCGCCCGCUCUUCUUGUUCUCAUGGUGGUACUCAACCUCGGAGCCGAAUUCAGGCAUAUGAGGCACUCCCUCGAUCGGCGUACGCCACUCGAUGAUGAUCUAGUUUGGCGCGAUCAUCAUUCUCAGGCGUCGAUCGAGACGGUGUUCAUUACUACGACUAUCCAUGCGCCUCCGCAUACAAAGCCUUCGGUUGACUAUACUACAGCCUCAACAAUGCCAUCACCAUCAUACUCAACGAUAACGUCAGUGAUGGGGGGCUCUAGUGUACACACCGCCUUCCGAUCCCCGGUUUCCCCGCCUCCAUCACAAAUUUCAUUGGGAAUUGCUACGGAAAAAGUGACACCCGCACCCACACCGAGUUCACCUCCAGAUGAAAAUUCAAUUUCUCUUAUCGACACAUUACCCUUUUCCUGGCCACUGAAAUUUGAUUUACCCCCGAUCGCACAACAGACGGUUGACACCGUUCUCGAAGGGUUCGGUGUGAUCUGGCAUGUGUUUAGGAGAGUAUAUCAUUAUCCUUUGGAUCCCCCUUGA